AUGUUUAACGUUCAUUUAUAUGAAAAGAAGCUUAAAAUAAAGAAUGAUGUAGAGAAAUAAAAGGAUGAUUUUAUAAAAGGAUUAUAAAAAAGGAAAGAAAAAUAGAAUGAGUUAGCUGCUAACUAUAAAAAGAGGGUUGAAAAUUUUGUAAUAAAUAUGCUAGAAAAUCCUAUUGUGACAUAGGAAUACAAAGGACCUACAGCUUAUAAAAUAAGAGAUGAGUUUCCUGAGAAAUUCUUAAAAGACCCUUAAGUAUAUAUAAAAGGAUUUAAGCAUGAAAAAGAUCGUAUUAGAGAAUCAUAUGAAAGAAAUCAAGAUUUAGAUUACAUGCCAAAUUAAACUGUUGCACAUUAUCAAUUCAGAGAUAGAAAUAUGGACAAGGAAAUACAACCUGAAAUGAGAUUUACAGCAAAAACAUCACUUGAAAGAAUUGAAUAGUUUUUAAAAGAUCAUAUGCAAACUUAAGUUGAAAAUAUAGAUUUUAGAGAUAAAAAAAAGUAGAAAAAAUUUAUGGACAACUUUCCUGAAUACUAAAGUCCUUGGGAACGUAGAAGAUUGUUAGCAAAAGAAAUAGCAAAAAACCUUUUACCUUCUCUUCAUAAUAAGACUCACUUUAAUGCAGCCACUUCUCUUUAUAAUAGCUGUCCAGUGAGCUUGUGUGAUAAGUAAACCAGAUCAUAACCGAAUUUAAUGCCAAAAUUAGACUAAUAAGCUGAAGCAUAAGAUUAAGAUGAUAAAGAUGCUAAUUAAAAGGCAAAAGGAUAGGUUAAAUCUAAAUCAAAAGAUCCAAAAUUGACUAAAAUGACUCUGAAUAAGGAGAAAAGAAAACUUUAAGAAGAUCUUUUGAAGAUCAGAAAUCUAAAGCAAAAGACUAAAAAGUUGAUUAAAUGGAAGCUUUUAAUCCUGUAGAAACGUCAAAAAAAGUAUUACAAUUGUGUAAUGUUAUAAAGAAAAAAAAUUAAAAAGUAAAGCAUGUAGGAAAAGGUUAGGGUCAUUUAAUUUCUACUCUAGAUAGAUCAAUAUCAGAAGUGUAUUAAAAUCUUUAUAAUAAAAAUAUUUCUUUUCCACAAAUAUACCAAUGAAGUAAAUAAAUAAAUAAAAUACAAAAUUAUUAACUAAUAAAUAAAUAAAUAAUCAUUAUUAGUAUUUCUAUAUAUAAAUAAAUAUAUUUAGAUUCAAACAACCUAAUUAUAUUAAAUUAUUAGAAAUUAAUUAUCAUUUUGA